UACUUUUCUCUAUGCUGCUCUAAUGUUUUUCUUUCAGAUGCAUCUUUUUUCCUGUUUUUCUCUCUACCUUUAUCCUCCUGUUUAUUGGUCUUUCACUGAACCUCUUCUUUGUCUCCUCCUCUAACUCUUCUUCCGCCCCAUUUUAUUCACAGAUUAGUAUAUAAUUGCACAAUUCAGGAACAGCAAAAAUUCAAAAAAAAACUAAGAACUACUACAACAUAUGCUUGGAAGUAAUAAAUGAAUUAUUUUUACUGAUGAUACGCUGGCAGUAGUGAAAUGAUCUCAGUUGUAACUGGAUUUGAGGUUUUGAUCAACAUAAACCCCCCAGCUGUUGAAUUUGGAGGCUCUUUACAGGUGAACUGCAGUACGACAUGUACAAAACCAGUGCUCAGUGUGGAAUAUAAACCAGGCGUAAAUCCUAACAGAACAAAAAGCAGAAAUUGGUCCACAGACUAUUUUCCGAGUGUCCAGGAAUGGGAUUUUGCAGCACCAUGCACUGUGUUCUGUGAAUCAAAGAUGAAGGAGAAGAAAGUGGUGGUCACGGUAUACAAUCGAGAGAUAAACAUUACUCCACCUCCUGAAGUGCUGGAAGUUAACAGAACAUAUAGUCUGGAGUGCACUGGUCCGAGAGUCUAUCCAAACAAUAAACUUAUACUCACAUGGCUGAGAGGGAGAGAGAUAAUUCAGAGUAAUUUCACAGAAGAAACAGGUUUCCCAGAUGAAGAUAAAAGAUUGAGGAAUGUCUUCAGUUUCACUGCAAGUAUGUCAGAUGAUGGACAGGAGUACACCUGCUUGGCAGAAGUUGACUUGGGCUCAGGCACCACAAAACCAAUCGCAACCUCCUCUGUGACUCUGCAAACUCACUAUAAACCAGGAGGCACAACUAUAUCAGUAAAUAACAAAACAGUGUCAGAGUUUCCCGUAUAUGUCAGUAAAGGGGAUGAGGUUACAAUAACCUGCAAUUCCAGUGGAAAACCCACACCUACAGUAAAGUGGGAAGACCUCGGUAAUGGCAGCAACAUUGAGAUUGGUCCUCCUGGAGUUCUCCGUAUUUCCCAAGCAACAUCAGAACAUCAAGGAAUUUAUAAAUGUCGAGCUACCAAUCAAUAUGGAAUUGAUGAGAAGGAAGUGGACAUCAGGGUCAAAGAUCAAACUUCAGCCAGAAGGCUUGCAGCAAAGAUCAUCGGCCUAAGCGCUGCAGCAAUCGUAGCUGGAACGUUGUUAUCUGCCAUAGUCACUUGUUUUAGAAGCAUAAGGAAGUAGCUCAAAAAACAGAAAUGAAACCAGAAUAAUCUGUGGAUAUGCAGCAAAGAUUAAUGUGUAUAAUAUGGUCUCAGAACUGACACAAUGAAAGGGAUACACAGCUGUUCCAGUACUGCUACAACACUGGCAUCUAACCAGCUGUGCCCUCACAGCCUUUCCUUCACUGGCUCUGGCUCAUAAUUCUGGAAGUCCCUCCCUAACAGCACUGUGGUUGUACCCACAUAAUAGGGAUUCCACCUUCUCAAGGGCAAUUAGGGAUGGGCAAUAACAGCUGGCCUAGCCAGCGAAGCUCAAGUCGAUUGAAUGAAUAAAAAAAAGUUUUAAAAAUAAAUCCCAUGCAGGUCAGAGGCUGGGAAUUCUGAGGCGAGAAAUUUACCUCCUGACUCCCCAAAACCUGAUCAUCAUCUGCAAUACAUACAUACAUAUGUACAUACAGAUUAGGAGCAGGAGUAGGGCAUUCAGCCCCUUGAGCCUUCUCCACCAUUUGAUAAGAUCAUGACUGAUCAGACUGUGUCCUUAACUAUACUUUCCUGUAUUAUACUCCCUACAACCUUUGAUUCUCUUGUCAAUCAGGAAUCUAUCUAACUCAGCCUUAAAAUAUUCAAUGACCCUGCCUCCGCUGCUCUCUGGGGAAGAGAAUUCCACAGACUUACGAACCCCUGAGAGAAGAAAGUUCUCCUCAUCUCCAUCUUAAAUGGGAGACUCCUUAUUUUUAAACUGUGUCCCCUGGUUUAGUUUCUCUCAUAAGGGGGAACAUCUUCUCAGCAUCCACCCUGUCAAGUCCGCUCAGGAUCUUAUAUGUUUCAAUAAGAUAUUUUUUAUUCAUUCAUGGGAUGUGGGCAUUGCUGGCUAGCCAACCAUUUAUUGUCCAUCCCUAAUUGCUCUUAAGAAGUUGGUGGUGGCUCCCAGGAUGACUUGGGAGCCCUUAAAAAUGGCCGGUGGAUCCCAACUCUGCGAUUCCUGACUCCAUUCCCAGGAUGUCUGAUUUUCAAGAGUGCCUUUAAAGAGUGCAGGCUGGUUCCUGUCAAAAACAUCCACCCAACACUCUCAGCCUAGCCAGCCCCACUGUGAAGAUAAGCAUGUCCUACUCUUCUGCAAUUUUCAUGGAGUUGGGCCAGGAUUUUUAAGAGUUGUGGUUCACAGGACCUUAGAGGAGUUGUGAACCCUAGUCUGCAUGAGGGGACUUUUAAAAGGAUAAGUUCAAAUGGUCCUCCUCAUUAUCCCAUGCCAAGAUCUGCCCUUCCACCUACCCUCCAUGACCCUCAUUCCCCCUGUGCCAAGUUAUGGCACUUCCAUGCACAUUGUCACAUUAUACACUAGAACCAAUGAACCAUGUAAUGACAGUAGGAUGUGUAAAAAAUACUUUUUUAAAAAGUAAUUCAUUCAUAACUUUCUCCUAUAUUAAAAAUCAUUUCACUAAAAGCUAAUUAAAGUGUUAAUCACCCAGACCUAUUCAAGUAUCAAUAAAACCACAAACCCUUGAAACCACUUAACUUGUAUAAACAAACAUUGUGAAAUUAACAGCAAAGAUCAGAGAGCCUGAGCUGCCAAUUAAGCAAUGUUUUCUCUGAAGCACAAGUGUUUCAACAAGAGUAAUAAUUAUCUGGGCUCUCAGCCAAGCCUCAUUAUGUAUACUUUGAUUAGCUAUGAUUUUUUUUUAACAUAGGAGAAUGUUAUAAAUGAAUUACUUUUUAAAAGCUUUUAUUAUACAUCUUACUGCUACUACAGCAGUGGUGGGCAACAUGCAGCUCAUCGGGAUUCUGAGUGCGGCCCACAAGACACUUUGUUGACCAAUGCCCACGCGCAGGGUUUCCAGAUUCUGCUGGUAAUGGUUUGCAGAUUCCGCAUAGUUUAUUUCCCACUGGUAUCCCUGUGGCAUUCCACUAGUUACAGCUUGCCAACUUGAAAAUGACUCAUUUAUGCCUACUUUCUGCUUCCUGUUUACUAACUAAUCCUUUAUCCAUGCUAAUAUAUUACUCUCUACACAAUGAGCUCUUAUUUUGUGUAGUAAUCUUUGAUGUCGCACCUUAUCAAAUGCCUUUUGGAAAUCGAAGUAUCCAUAGGUUCCAUUUAUCCAUGUUGCUUGUUAGUUGUUCAAAAAUCUCUAAUAAAUUAGUCAAACACAAUUUCCCUGUCACAAAACUAUGCUGAUGCUGCCUGAUUGUAUUAAGGUUUUCUAAGUGUCCUGCUAUAACCUCCUUAAUAAUAGAUUCCAGCAUUUGGCUAUAACAGCUGUUGGGCUAAUAGGCCUGCUUUCAGUCAACAGAAACAGGCACAAGUCAGGAGUGUGGUGGAAUACUUUCCACUUGCCUGGAUGAGUGCAGCUCCAACAACACUCAAGAAGCUCAACACCAUUCAGGACAAAGUAGCCCAUUUAAUCAGCACCCCAUCCUUAAUCAUUUGCUCCCCCACCACCAACACACUAUAUGUAAGAUGCACUGCAGGAACUCAGCAAAGUUCCUAUGACAGCACCUUCCAAAGCGGCGAACUCUACCACCUAAAAGGACAAGGGCAGUAGAAGCAUGAGAACACCAGCAAGAUCCCCUCCAAACUAUACACCAUCCUGACUUGGAACUAUUGUAGUUCCUUCACUGUCAAUGGAUCAAAAUCCUGGCACUCUCUUCCCUGCAGUAUUAUAGGUUUAUCUACAGCAGAUGGAAUGCAGAGGUUCAAGAAAGUGGUUCAAUGCCGCCACCUCAUCAUGGGCAAAUAGGGAUGGGUAACAAAUGCUGGCCUUGCCAGCGACUCCCACAUCCCACAAGAGAAUAAACAAAACAGGGGUUUUAUAGGAGGGCAAUGUCAUGUAACAACAGUUUCAAAAGCACCUUUAACUUGGAAUAUCCUAUAAUCUACUAGCACAUAACGCUAUCAAAUCUGGAAAAGCUUACAGAAAGAUGCAGACAGGUUGGCACAAGUGAGAAACAGAUGGAAGAUGCAACUUCUAAGCAAAAAGCCUCAACUGUCAACAGUUCUUGUGAUGAAUAAGAGCUUUUGAACUGGAUACCAAUAUAAUUGCCCUCCUCUGAAGUUUUUUCCAAAAUCUCAAUUUCACCCACUAUGUGAGGACUAAAGCUGGAUAGAGUGGUCUAAAGUCUAACCAAGUACAGUAUAAUAAUCUUUUUUUGUUCUGUAUUGGAUUGGCUUGUAAAUAUUUCCUAAUCUAUUUAUCUUCGCUGUAGCCUCUUUUCACUGGCUGUAAACAUUAAAAGAUUCAUGUUCCAUGA